GCGUGGUUUCUAUUAUUUUCAUGGGUUUAUAACACAAACUUAAUAUUUUUGUCGUUACUACUUAAACCUAAAUUUUUAAAUUAAUUUUUAACAUAGUUUUCUACUUGUUUAACAGUCCGAAAUGACAAUAUAGGUUAAUUAUUUUUUUGAGAAAGAACCGCAGAACGGUUCGUUAUCCCAGUUUGAGUUACCAAAAAAACUUACUUCCCGUAUUUCAGGAGGCUUUGACUAUUAAAACUAUGUAUUUCUCUAUAUAAAUACAACAAUUUAUCAUUCAAAGUUUGGCGGUAGCAAUCGAUUAUUCAAAAGUUAACCAUGAGCUCGCCUGAGAAAGAUAUUGAGUUGAGUCCGGUGAAAACGGAUCCGAACCCGAUUAAAACACCUGCAGGGGGGACUGACAAAUUAAAAGUGGCUGUGGAUGAUGAAGAAGAUGUUAUUAUUGGGAGAUUUAGGAAGAUUAGCUCCGCGAAAUCGAUGGCGGCUACGAAUGGUAACAUACAAUAUCCUACAGACUUGCCGCCAAGAAGUGACGAUGUAGAGGCUGGUUUGCAGAUGAGGAAGGAUCCAGGUGAACGAGAUAAACUGCUGGAGAACAAUGUGGAAGUCAAGAAUCAAGUGACUAAGAGCAGUUUUAGAGAUAUGGAGAAGCCUUCUAGGUUUAAGGACCAGCCCUCUACUACUAGGUUUCAGAUGGAAGCUAAACCUGAAGAUUAUGUUACUGAAGAAUCCGAAGAUGGCAUGGAUAGCGACGAUCCACUUACCGCCACAGACACUAAAUAUGGAAAGAGUUUCAGGCAUUUCACUAGAGAAGCGUUACCUAGACUCGACAACUACAGAAACGUGCUAUCUCUCCACGCAGCGCCAAGACCAACACUUGAUGAGCUGCACAAUGCUUCACUAUCGCGUAAGCCAGGCCAGACUAUCGAAAAGGAUCUGGCGCCUUCCGGGAUGAUCACAACCAAUAUCAAGUUCGGGUGGGUAAAGGGCGUUUUGAUGAGAUGCCUUCUCAACAUUUGGGGGGUUAUGCUGUUCCUGAGACUCUCCUGGGUAGUGGGACAGGCUGGGAUUGCGGAGUCUUUACUGCUGAUCCUGACGACAUCUGUCGUGACCACAAUUACGGCGCUCUCCAUGUCUGCCAUAAGCACCAACGGCGUAAUCAAAGGAGGUGGUACAUACUACAUGAUAUCGCGAUCUCUUGGCCCGGAGUUCGGCGGGUCCAUCGGUCUGAUAUUUUCGAUGGCGAACGCCGUGGCCUGCGCCAUGUACGUCGUCGGCUUCGGCGAGUCGCUCAUUACGCUCAUUCCCGCAAACGCGUACAUGGUUAACAAGGAAUGGGACCAAGCAAUCUACGGUUGUAUAACAAUAGUACUGUUAACUGGUAUCGUGAUUGUCGGCAUGGAAUGGGAGGCGAAAGCGCAGAUCGUCCUGUUAAUAAUAUUACUGGCAGCCAUUGCUGACUUCUGCAUCGGAUCUGUCAUCGGGCCCAAAAGUGACAUCGAACUUGCGCAGGGAUUCGUUGGCUACAAUAUGUCAGUGCUUCAAGAGAACCUGUGGUCAGACUAUCGGCCUUACGAAGGCACACAAUCACACAACUUCUUCUCUGUCUUUUCCAUCUUCUUCCCCGCCGCCACUGGGAUUCUCGCCGGUGCUAACAUUUCCGGUGAUCUGAAGGAUCCACAAAAAUCGAUCCCAAAGGGCACUCUCCUAGCGAUCGUGCUUACAACAAUAUCGUAUCUUAUAAUCGCCGUGAUCGCUGGCUGGACGGUGUUGCGUGACGCGUCGGGUGAGGUAUUGGAUGUCGCUAACUGGACCAUGUCCAACUGUGGACAUGAUUGUCGGUACGGGCUACAUCAUAGCAAUGACGUAAUACGGCUGGUGUCCGGUUUUGGUCCACUAAUCUACGGCGGCUGCUUCGCCGCGACAUUGUCAUCGGCGCUGGCAUCACUGGUUUCGGCUCCUAAAGUAUUUCAGGCUCUCUGUCAAGACAAACUCUACCCGUACCUGGAGUUCUUCGCGAAAGGUUAUGGGCCCAACAACGAACCCGUACGCGGUUAUGUACUCACCUUCAUCAUCGCAGUGGCUUUUAUACUUAUGGGUGGUCUGAAUCAAAUCGCCCCGUUGAUAUCCAACUUCUUCCUCGCGGCUUACGCUCUCAUCAAUUUUUCCACAUUCCACGCAAGUCUCGCCAAACCGGUCGGAUGGAGGCCUACUUUCAGGUUCUACAACAUGUGGCUGUCCUUGUUGGGUGCGAUGGUAUGCGUGGCGAUUAUGUUCGUCAUAUCGUGGAUCACUGCCCUCGUCACCAUCGGAUGCCUCCUGGCCUUGUACCUCCUCGUGUCUUACAGGAAACCGGAUGUCAAUUGGGGCUCGACAACGCAAGCACAAACGUACAAGACAGCGUUAUCAGGAGUCCACCACCUGAAUAGAAUUACGGAACACGUAAAGAAUUAUAGGCCACAAAUUCUGGUGCUAACUGGGUUUCCGGCUGAGAGACCGAUAUUGACAGACUUUAGCUACUUACUCACUAAAGGAUUGUCGCUCAUGCUCUGUGGACACGUGGUACAGGGUCCAGUAAACCACCGUGCCCGAGAAGCGCUAACGAAUCGCGCGUACCAUUGGUUUAACAAACGGAAGAUGAAAUCGUUCUACAGCAUCGUCGAUGACGUGGGAUUCAAAGAUGGCGCUAGUGCGUUGAUACAGGCCAGCGGUCUGGGUAAACUAAAGCCGAAUAUACUCAUGAUGGGGUUCAAAGAAGAUUGGCUCACAUGUGACAGAUCUGAAGUUGUUGACUACGUGGAGGUGUUGCACAAAGCUCUGGAUGUGCACAUGGCGCUGGCGAUCUUGCGCGUGGAGGGCGGGCAGUAUUCCAGUGAUGCACUCGACGACGACUUAAGAGCGUACCUGCAUGACGUCACCGAUAAGAACCUCUCGCUUUUCUCACAUUCAAUGGGUGACAAUAAGGAAUCGAAAAGUACGGAAAGUCUCAAUACGCAUUCUGUGGGCAGCAGCCUGUCGGACGUAUCACUGGACACACCGCAGUUGCGUCGUGCGGGCGUUUCGGCUGACCCAGGUGCGGCUGGUCCUCUGGCGCCCCCCGCCACCGCCGCAACAGACAGGGACCACGCACCCAAGCCCAAGGAGAAGGAUAAGGAAAGCAGAGGCUUGGGCAGCGCAGUCCGGCGUGCGUUCGGCGCAUCUGUCGCCCGUCGCGCGUCGUCCUUCACGUCUGUGGAACAGUUCACUAAGCGUCAAGCUGGCUCUGUUGAUGUUUGGUGGCUGUAUGAUGAUGGAGGUCUAACACUCCUUCUGCCGUAUAUCCUGUCCACACGCCGAGCGUGGUCGUCGUGUCCUUUGCGAGUUUUUACGCUGGCCAACAAGAACACGGAACUGGAGUUGGAGGAAAGGAACAUGGCGUCGCUCCUGUCAAAGUUUCGCAUUGACUACUCGGCACUUAAGAUGGUGGCCGACAUCACGAAACGACCACGUGACUCCACGCUCACUUAUUUCGACAAGCUUAUCGCGCCUUUCAGGACACAUGAUGACAGUAAUGACGCCACGGGCAUAACAGACGCCGACUUAAUAGCAGCACGUGACCGAACCUACCGCCACCUACGUCUCCGAGAACUAAUCUCCGAGCACUCGUCAAACGCCCGUCUCGUGUGCGUGACGUUGCCGAUGCCGCGUCGUCGCGCUGUCGUGCCCCCGCCACUCUACCACGCGUGGCUACACGCCAUAGCCACCGCAGCCGAUCGUGUUUUACUUGUCAGAGGGAACCAUGCUGCUGUUCUUACGUUUUACUCUUGAACUUCAGUGUCGCUUUUCAACUUCUGGUACUCAAUUUACCAUGUAUAUUAUGGCACCUAGAGGUACAAUCGGGGAUCAAAAUGAUCUAUGCGUUCGAAGUUUCUGUAAUGGUUUUAUUUUAUGCGAACUUUUAAUUGUUUACAGAUUAUUUCACUUUUACUUGAAAGUGCACCAUAUUGUCACUGAAAUAAGUGUGUUUUUAUUAAAUGUUUAGAUUUUUUUGCACUUUUAACACUUAUUACCAGUGAUUAAAAAGUGCCGGAAAAUACUACCGGUCUCACUGUUUACCAUUUCUUUACUUUGAAUACUCAAUGUAGGUAACUUGUCUAUCUUUCCAGAGAUAGCAGUGUUUUUAUGCGUUUACCUACAUAUUUGUAUCCACUCAUCUAUUUAUCUAUUAUCUUCUAUUAAUCUUGAAUUUGUUGACACAUUGAGGGGGGUUCUUUAAUUUGUCAUUGUAGUGAUAAUUUACAAAAAAAAUCCUGUACUUCGAUUUUGUACAAUUCAUACACCUGAUUGUAGUUAGAGUCUCGAGGGACUGUUAUAUCUUAUCUAUAAUUGUCAUUACGAUGAUAGUUCCGCUAGGUUCCAUAUUGGGCCCGAAAUCGCCGUAUAAAUGUAAAGCCCACUCAAGGAACAAUUUGUACAGUCGAUGCCCUAAGAAACCUGACCUCCUAACCGGUUUUGAGUAGACCAGUGUCAAGAAAGGUGUUAAACAAAUUUAACCUUUAAACUGCGAUCCGUAAAAUUAAUUUUGGUAUGACUUCCUUAUUGCAUCAUUAGUGAAUGACGUUUUAAGAAACUUUUUAAGCCAACUUCAUCUUUAAUUAUAUUACGUAAAUAUAAAUAUCAACCAAAAAGCUGGAAUUCCUGUACAUUUUUCUGUUGAACGCCUAAGAAGGCUCUCAGAACCAAAACAUCGGCUAGGUGCUCAGGUUUCUUAGGGCAUCGUCGGUAAUAACAACUGUACACUGAAUUAACGUGCAUUUAUAUGUACACAAUACAUUUGGCUUCAAUUCAAAUACUAUUUUUAUAAGAAAUAUUUUUACAAAUUACUAUAUUACUAAAGUGAUUGAAGUUAGCAAACGCUUAAUAAGUAAAAUAUUAUAAAAUUGCAUCAAGCGUUACCAUAAAUUACUUCAUUGUAAUUUCGGCUUGUGUAUACAUAUUAAUGCCCGUCAUUGUACAGUAUAGCUCCCUGUCUCUCUCUCUAAGUUGUGAGAGUUGUAUUCUUCCUGCAGGGUUGCCGAAUGACUACGAUAACUCCCGAAUGCAAACCGAGUGCUAAGAAAAACCGAGUAAACGAGAAGCACACAAUACAAGCACUAUGCUCCAAAAUGCGAGCUUUGGAGUAAUUCGAGUUUUACUGAAGUUGAUGUGAUCAAUGAUAAUCUAUUUCAAUAUAAUGUAGAAUUUGCAUUACAAUUCCAAAAACAUUCCCUGUUGUUCCGGAAGUACAAUUUUAUAGUAUUUUUACCAAAACGGCCUAAACAAGUGCCUCGUAUACAAUUUUUAAAAGUAUAAAAUAAUUUUAGUGAAUAUUUUUAGAUCAAUUUAUACGUACAUUUUAUAUGUAUGAUUUUCAAUGUAUUUUUAAUACAAUCACGUUUUAUAAGGCAAUCGAAUCUCUGGUAGAUCUUUUUGUGUGAAUGUAAAAUAUACAUUUUGUUAAAUAUACUAUGUGUGUGUGAGUAAUCGUCGGUUAUACAAGGUAGAAUUUAAAUGUAUAAUUGAAACUUACCACAUUAAAAAAUCUCAUUUAAUAUCAAAAAGUUUUCGAAAGAAUUAAGUGUAAUUAUCAUUUAAAAAGUAAUAAAUUCCGCAAUUUGUGUAAUGUUUAGUUAAUGGUUCAAAUAAAAUGACUCUCAUUAACGUUGGUUAUGAACGACUUAUGUAUUAAUGUUUGGAAACAUUUGCUGUAUUCUUUUUGUGUUUGAAUGGUGGUAGCUAAUAAUAUAAGUUAAAAUAAACUUCAUUUUCAAUUGACUUGGAAAUGUCUACUUUACGUAUCGCACUGCUAUUACAAUAGUGUUGUAACUCAAAAUAUGUGAAAUUCAAGAUUUACUAUUGCUGAACGUAACAUUUGAUUCUCUACACGUCAAUAA